CCGUGGUCGCAAGAUGGCGUAAUACGUACGACGCUGCUUUUGACGUUCGUGUAUGAGUUUUUUUUUGGUUCCUUCUACGUUGAAAACGCGAAGAAGUAAUUUUUCCAUUAGUGCGUUGCUUGGUCCUCGCUCGUUUGACCGAGAAUGCGGUGGAAAGAGUUAGCCGUGAUACAAGACGCUCAACUAAUCAGGAUUUCGAUUACAAGUACAUAGUACGCGAGACACACGAGGUCCCGCGAUUGGCCAGUUUAUGAGACGACGAUGGCUCCGUGAGGAGAGAGAACAUGGCUGCGACGCAAGCCGAGAGCCAACAAAACGAUGUGAAGCUGAACGAGUCCGUGAAAUGCGCACAGAAACGUCCGCAAGUUGGUGGAAAUAGUGCAAGUGGUAGUACAAAGCAGCAGCUGGAUCCAGAGCCGGGUGAUAAAGUGUCCCGGGGCGCGGCCCAGCUGCUUAAAUAUGUGAAUCGCGGUGGGGACACGGCUUUCGAGAUGAGUCAAUACCGCGAGGACAUUGGUGGACACACUGCCGGUGAAAUAAAAUCUCCACGAGAGGCCGGCCAAGCUCCCCAGGAGACUAUCGGUAAACAGGAGGCCCUUGACGCAUCUGGACACGCGGGUCAUCCUGGACAUCCGUUUGCGCCGAACGUUAUACGUGACUACUCUGAAGAGUAUACCAAUAAAUCUAAUGAAUUUUCCGCCAAACCAUUGACCGAUUAUCAAGGCAAACAGAUACCAGAAUAUGUGACGAAACAUGGAGAAUUUCCAGGAAUUCAUCGACCAGACAUGGAAGAACAUUAUGCUGCUUCUAAGGUCGAAUCAAGAUUAGCUUAUGUAGGAGGUACUCCUGCCAGCUUUCCUGGGCAACCAAGGUUUCUAUCGGGUCAAAGUAUAUCACAAGCCACAGGUCCAACGCCUACUUUGAAUCAGUUACUUCAGGCUUCGACACCUGUUCAUCGAUUCCAUGGGAACUAUCCUGGGAUGGGACCUGAAUCUUAUCAACAACCGUGGCCUAUGCAACGACCACCGGUUGUGCCACCUGUAUAUCCUCAACCUAGCCAACGUCCUCCACAAACGGGUUCACCGAGACUACAUGGAGGACCAGGAGGACCUAGUUCUCCAACUCCUAUGCCAUACCAACAAUAUGCCCAACGUUAUUCCUCUCCUGCUAGACCCCAUACACCUUACAGCCAUCAUCAGUUAAAUUCAUAUACAACACAAACAAGCCAUCCUUCCAGUCUAUAUACGGAACAAAGAGGAUGGAAUCAAGGUGGUCCUCCAAAUCCUCCACCUCCACCUCCAUCUAAUCAAGUAAAUCCUUCAAGUCAGUCACCUCAAAGAGCUCUCUCUCAGUCUCCAGCACCACCACCAUCUGCUUCACCACAACCUCAACCAACUCAAUCUCAAAGUUUCCACAAUCUACAACAACGAUCAACAACACCGAAUACUCAAGGAAUAGAUUCUGGGGAAUUGUCAGGACAAAAUAGUAACGACAGUUCGAAUGGACCUGCCUGUCCUGGAACACCAAAUUCUCAGGGGAUGAGGCCUACCCCUUCGCCUACAGGAUCCACAGGUUCACGCUCGAUGUCCCCUGCUGUUGGUCAACAAAACGUUCAGAUGCCUCCACGUCCGUCGAGCAGCCAAUCAGACGGUAAUGGACCAGCGCGUAUGAGUCAUUCUCCAAUGACGACUCAGGGUAUAAUAUUUACCUUGUCAUAUUCAAGAGCGUAUCAACAACCAUUGGGUCCUUCUACGCACAUGCAUAGUUAUAAAAUGAAUAGUACUGGUCCUGGUGUAGUACAACCAGGACCAGGUACAGCAAGUCUUGGUGGAAUUAACCCAAUGGGUGGUGGAAUGGGAUAUUCAGCUGGUGGAACGGCUGCAGGUCAGCCUGGAGGUUAUCAUGCUCAGAGUACCUAUCCACCUCCUCGUCCACAUAUGCAGUUUCCACAGAGUUAUCCUUCUCCAGCUAAUUCACAACCACCACCAAAUAACCAAUAUCAACCUCCUAAUAGACCAAACAAUUUGGUGCAAUACCCUCCUUAUGCGCAUAAAAUGGGAUUUAAUAAUGUGCCACCUGGAAUGCCUCCUAGUCCAGGACCUCCUCAAGUUUAUGCAGUUAGCGGAGCAACUGGUGGCAUGGUACCUCCUGGUACCCCAAGUGUAGCUGUAAUAGGUAAUAUGGGACCUCCAGCAAGUUCUAUGGGUCCUCCACCACCUUCACCCAAUCAUGUGAGCAAUCAGCCACCACCUCCAAGCUCAGCAGUACCACAUAUUCAUACCCCUGCUGCAACACCACCACUUAAUCAUGAAGGAAGUCCAAUGCCACCACCAAGCACUACUCCUAAUUCACAUCCUACAUCGACGCCUACUCCGACGAGUCACAAUUCUACUGAUCUUACACCGGAGACUUCCAAUGAUAGUGGAAUAACCACUACUGCUUCUGGUACAUCGUCUAUUAACGUUACUUCAACUUCAAGUGGUACUGUUACAUCAGUUAUAACAACAGGUCCAGAUGGUACAUCCUUAGAUGAGGGUUCACAGCAAUCAACAUUGUCAAAUGCAUCAGCUGCCUCAGGAGAAGAUGCAGCUUUCACACCAAAGGUCCGUAAAGAAAUGUUAGGUGGAUAUCACAGUCAUCCUGCAACACCACAAAGUACAGUCCCAUCUCCUGGUGCUGCUAGCAUUAAUUCGAUUCAUGAGGAAUAUCCUGAUAUGAAUAGUCCAGGCUGGCCACGUACUCCUGCUAGUCCUGUGUUUAACAGUCAUGUGCCUCAAGACCCAUACAGAUCUAAGAAACCAGACAGCUUAGCAAAGCUUUAUGAGAUGGACGAUUCAAUGGAACGAAGAACAUGGUUAGACAAAUUAGUUUCUUUCAUGGAAGAACGAAGAACUCCAAUCACUAGCUGUCCAACAAUCUCCAAGAACCCCCUCGACCUAUUCCGGCUAUACCUCUACGUGAAGGAUAGGGGGGGCUUCAUGGAGGUAUGCAAGGUAACGAAGAAUAAAACAUGGAAAGAUAUCGCUGGAUCACUGGGUAUUGGCGCAAGUAGUAGCGCAGCAUAUACAUUACGGAAACAUUAUACUAAACAUUUAUUGGCAUUCGAAUGUCACUUCGAUCGUGGUGGUGUAGACCCACAACCUAUUAUAAAUCAAGUUGAAGCUGGUUCUAAGAAAAAAGCAAAUAAAGGAACAGCUUCUGUACCAUCACCUGGUUCUUCCAAUUCGCAAGAUUCCUUCCCUGCUGCUGGCUCUAGUAAUGCUUCAAUGGAUGGUUAUGGUAGCUAUCAAAGUAGUUAUGCUGGUGGUACACCAGGAGGACCGACAUCAGAAUAUACACCUCCUCCGCCAAGACCACCUAGCCAAAGUAGCGCUCCUUCUCCACAUCAAGGAAUACAACAAAGCAGUUACCAGACAACAGGUUCCUAUCAAAAUUAUCCUCAGGAUCAAUAUAUACGACCGCAAGGAAAUGCAUUAUCUCAGCAAGCAGAAUUCAGUCAACCUUAUUCACCUCGUUCACAUUAUCCUCCUUAUGUACCAGAUGUUGACAGUUCUUUGUCAAACAGAGGCUAUCCUAGUGGAAAUAUGCCACCAAAUACGGCCAGUGGACAAGAUAUGUAUAAUAGAUAUAGCAGUAGUCAGCAACCAGGAAAUUACCCAACGGGAACGCCACCUAAUGCUCGGAGCAAUAGUUAUCCUUCCGCGCCACAAGCUCAUCCAUCUAGUGUAUCUCAACAAACGGCUACGAGUCAACCUUCUUCACCUUCGCAGCCUCCAUCUGCCUCAUCGUAUUCUUGUCCUCAAGAUUAUUAUCGACAAGAACAGGCUGGUUAUGGAGGUCCCGGAGGAAGUCAGAUUUAUACUCCUGGUGCAUCUUCAAAUAAAAACAUGCCACCACCACCUCCAGGUCCUAGCCAACCUAGGCGUCAUCCUGAUUUUGCCAAAGACCAACAAUAUCCUCAAUAUAAUCAACAGCGACCAGCAUAUCCAGUUGCAGGAUGGCCAAGUACAACCAGUCAGUAUAAUAGCAGUAGUGGAAAUAAUAGAGUUCAGUAUCCAAAUCAACAAAAUCAGCCUCAAGCUCCACAACAGCAACAACCACAGCAACAACCACAACAACCACCGCCUCCUGUUGCCUCUGCAUCUUCAGCUGCUUCCGCCGUUGGAGCUAUAACUUCUGGUCAACAAUGGGGCAGUCAACAACCAAACAGGACUUCUUCUCAACCAAGUUUGAAUACUAUAGGAGGUCAUACACCUCCACCGUGGGAUCAUCGUUACUCUAAUCAACCAUCACCUUUAUACCCACCACCAGGAACACAUCAGAAUCAAUUAGGAAUGAGUCCCAUAAUGAGCCAACAGCCUACUUCAAAGAGAGAAAUGACGUUUCCUCCUGAUAGCGUAGAAGCUGUUACGCCAUUGUUAUAUAAACGACGAAAAUUAACUCGUGCUGACGUUGCUCCCGUGGAAGCUUGGCGCAUAAUGAUGGCCUUGCGUUCAGGAUUACUUGCUGAAAGCUGUUGGGCUCUUGACGUAUUGAACAUUUUAUUAUUUGAUGAUUCUUGUGUAAGUUAUUUUGGAUUGACGCAUUUACCCGGAUUAUUGGAUGUCUUAUUGGAACAUUUUUCACGAUCCUUGUCGGAUAUGUUCGAAUCUUCUGCCAACGAUGACGAUCAUUACUGGAGUCAACCAGCCAAUGGACCUGAAGUUGAUUUAGGAGCUGUAACACGUCCCAUAGAUCCAGAAGAUCGGACUAAGUUGCUCUCUUCAUCGAAUUACACGUUUUUGUCGAGGCGUGGACGUCCUGUGAAGAUCGUGCCUAGGGAUGACGACAUAUUUGUCUUGGACUCUCGAAGAAGCUGGGAUCAUCAAGAGUGCGAAGUAGAUACGGAGCCGUGGCAGGUUGACACGAGCGCUACAAAGUAUAUAGUGACGUGUUUUCAAUCAGAGAUAUGUUCGGUACCGUUCGCGCGCCUCCUCAGGGACGAGAAGCCGCCGCUCUUGCAGAAGGAGGUUGAACACAAUAUCGACUCGAAGGAUGAGUUUAAAAUGGAAGCAGGCUCAACAGAGAUUACUGAGUACUCUCACAAGUUCACAGAAUCCGGCGGUGAAUCGAGUGAAAAACCAAAGGAUAAUAAUGGUGAACGUAAACAAUUAGAUAAGAAGAAGAAAACGAAAACAUUGAGCGACGUUUUAUCUAGGAUUAAGAGAGAGCCGGUCGAAAUGAACGAUCUUACACGAGAGUUAUUUGAGAAAAAACAUGACGGUUAUAAAAAGGAUACAGAUGGUGAGACAAAGGCGAAUAACAACAUGGGAGAACACUUUGUAGAUAUACCGUCACAAAAAAGCGAUGAGGAAGGACAACAAUCGGUACCUACACAGAAUGGAUUAAAUGAUUCCGCGGCAGUUAUUAGCAACGUCGAUUUGGAGAAGGUCGAUAUUAAGUCCGAGAGCGAAGAGCAAGAAUCGCCGAGAGACGAUAACGAGGGACCAAGAUUACAGAUAAGAGAUCCUGCCGGUACCUUGAAGAGGAGACGAAUAAGCGAUUAUGAGGAUGAAAGUUAUUCACGUGAUGAAGCGAGUCUUUAUCUCGUUACGGAGACGCAGGAUAAUUUGGCGCGUCGUUGCGUCUGUCUCUCCACUAUCCUGAGGAACCUCACGUUCAUACCAGGAAACGAGGCUGAAUUUGCAAAGAACGUCACAUUUCUCAGCCUACUUGGCAAACUUUUGUUGCUUUAUCAUGAGCACCCAGCGAGGGCGCAAAAGACACGGAAUUAUGACAGAGAGGAAGAUGCGGAUUUUGCGGAUUCCUGUAGCAGUUUGCAAGGUGAAAGCGAAUGGUGGUGGGACUUUUUGCAUCAUAUAAGAGAAAACAUAUUAGUGAUGGCAGCGAAUAUAGCUGGCCAUAUGGAUCUGAGCCAACAUCCUGAGGAGAUAUCUCGUCCAGUUCUCGAUGGUCUUUUACACUGGGCCGUAUGUCCUGCAGCACAUGGCCAGGAUCCCUUCCCAACGGUUGGUCCAAAUUCGGCUCUCUCGCCACAGAGACUUGCUCUAGAGGCACUUUGCAAGCUUUGCGUAACCGAAUGCAACGUUGAUCUGGUUGUUGCGACGCCGCCUUAUUCGAGACUUCAGAGGCUCUGCUCUGUUCUAACCAGGCUUCUUUGUCGAAGCGAGGAACAAGUUCUCCGUGAAUUUGGUGUAAAUCUCUUACACUUCUUAUCAGCAGCCGACAGCGGAGUGGCACGUACUAUUGCCCUACAAACACCCUGCAUUACGCUCUUGGUUUCGUUCAUCGAGUAUGCCGAAACGAGCGCUAUAGGUGUCGCGAAUCAGCAUGGUCUUGCGGCUCUACGCGAUAACCCCGAGUCCAUGGGCACCAGCUUAGAUAUGUUACGACGCGCUGCCGGUACGCUACUCAAUCUCGCCAGGCAUCCAGACAACAGGACUCUUCUCCUACAACACGAAUCACGUUUGCUCGCACUCGUUAUGAGCCAGAUUCUGGAUCAGCAAGUUGCCGCGAUCGUUGCGCGUGUGCUAUUCCAGUGUUCCAGGGGUACGUAACUCUGAUGAUCACCUGCCGACGACUACGUUCUUCUUCGUCCGUCUUUAUCAUCUCCGUCUCUGUGCCCGUACGUAUUAUCUAGAUUGUGAAAGGAGAAAAGAAAAAAAGGAGUGUUUUGACCGAGUGACGAUGAUAAUGAUAAUGAAUGAUAAUGGUGAUAAAAUGGUGGUAUUGGUGGUGAUAGUGCUCGGUGGUGAUGGCACCAGGCUGAACGGGUAAGUCGAUUGAACAAUAACCGAACAGAAAUUUAUAUCGGCCAUCCGUCGUGCCGUGGUGUGCGAGUCCUAGUGAUAUGUGGAGACUUUCUCGUGGGCCCAGAGAGCGGUUGGAAGAUGGCCAAGAGGUCAAAAAGUGUGCGAAUGUACAAGCGCAUAAGAGAGAGCGAAAAACGCGCGAAUGAAAGAGAGAGAGAAAGAGAGAAAGAGGGCGAGAGAGUAAGUCAUGUGCGUAUGUGUGAGAAAGAAAGAGAGCGAGAGAGAGAGAGAGAGAGAGAGAGAGAGAGAGAGAGAGAAAGAAAGAAAGUAUGAGAGAGAGAGAGAGAGAGAGAGAGAGAGAGAGAGAAAGAAAGAAAAAGAGAGAAAGAGGAAACAAAAGGAGAAUAAUAAUGAAAAAAGGAUGGAACUAGUGCGACACGAGAGUAGACGAGAGAAAAACGAAACGUCGGAGAAUGCCAUGGCAGCGCAAUUGUAGUUUUAUAUUUGAGGUAUAAACAAAAAGUAAGAAUGUUAAUUAUCGGUGUUAGCGCGUAGGGUAUACUCGACGUCGUGCUCGCAGCCAUCGGCGUAUACCUUCCCCUUCGUGAAUUGGAUAAUUAAUAUCGACUAGUGUAAGAUAUUUCAUAGUAAAAUGAGAGGAACAAAAGGGAAGAAAGGAAGGAAGAAAAACUCAAAGAAGAGGCAACGGUCAGCUGCAUAAUAAUAUAUUAUUAAAAUCCAACAGAAAGAAAAAAAAAAGAAAAGAAACGUAUGUCGACGAUGAACCUAAAAUGGUGCGAUGUGGAAAAAACGAUAAUAUAUCGGGUGACGAUUAUUAUAUAUAUAAAUAUUAACGAUAGUAUAAUGCAAAUUUUUAUAUUUGCAUGUUUUGUGCUGUAAUUAGCGAGUAAUUAAGAUAUUUUGUAGAUAACACACAAACACACACACACUUCCAUUGAAUCUUUAAUUCAAUUUUUCGUGCCGCGUCGCGUCAGCGCGAAAGGAGAAUGCGCGCGCGUAGCUUAAAAACACGGCGCUGCAAGAGUCUCGAUUUUAGAAGCACAGGCAAACAAAGCUAGGACUGAAGAAAGACAUUGCUAAUGAUGAGAGAAUGAGAGAGAAAGAGAGAGAGAGAAAGAGAGAGAGAGAGAGAGAGAGAGAGAGAGAGAGAGAGAGAGAGAAACAUAUUGCGUGAUGUUAUGUUGCUGCUGUUGAAUGAAAAUAUUAAGAGAGUAAGAGAGAGAGAGAGAGAGAGAGAGAGAGAGAGAGAGAGAGCGAAUGAUAAAGAUGGAAUGAAGAUAGAGCGGGAGAUUAUAGAAUGAGGAGAUAAGGAGAGAGAAUGAAAUAAAAAUUUAGAGCGGUGCGG